CCAAAGCCAUGGCUAGCACUUUAAGUCCUAGCUCGAUGGCUCCGACUGAGGAGCCUCCUGUAAUGUCACAGCGCAUUCAGAAUGCUGCUGACAUCUCUGUCAUUGUCAUCUACUUCAUAGUGGUGCUCGCUGUGGGGCUGUGGUCAAUGGCGAAAAGCAACAGAGGCACUGUUGGAGGCUUCUUCCUGGCUGGUCGGGAUGUGGCCUGGUGGCCGAUGGGCGCUUCUCUCUUUGCCAGUAACAUUGGCAGUAACCACUUUGUGGGCUUGGCUGGGACAGGAGCAGCUUCAGGAAUCGCUACCGCCGCAGUGGAAUGGAAUGCCCUGAUUAUGGUGCUAGUUCUUGGGUGGGUGUUUGUCCCCAUCUACAUCAAGGCAGGGGUGAUGACCAUGCCAGAAUAUCUCAAGAAGCGGUUUGGUGGGAAGAGACUCCAAAUCUACUUUUCUGUUCUCUCUCUCUUCAUCAUGUUGGCCGUCAAAAUCACUUCAAACAUAUUUUCCGGAGCCAUAUUCAUCCAAUUGGCUUUAGGAUUAGACAUCUACCUGGCGAUCUUCAUCCUCUUGGCUAUCACUGCUUUCUACACAGUUGCCGGGGGCUUGGCCUCAGUGAUCUACACAGAUACUGUCCAGACUUUCAUCAUGUUGGUUGGCUCUUUAAUUCUCAUGGGGUUUGCAUUUGCUGAAGUCGGAGGCUAUGAGAGCUUCACAGAGAAGUACAUGAACGCCAUCCCAUCUGUGGUCGAGGGGGACAACCUGACCAUCAGCCCCAAGUGCUACACGCCUCAGGCGGACUCCUUCCACAUCUUCCGAGAUCCUAUCACCGGAGACAUCCCAUGGCCGGGACUGAUCUUUGGAAUGACCAUUUUAGCUAUAUGGUACUGGUGUGCAGAUCAGGUCAUCGUGCAGCGCUGCCUGUGUGGCAAGAACAUGUCCCACGUGAAGGCCGCCUGCAUCCUUUGUGGGUACCUGAAGCUGCUGCCCAUGUUCCUCAUGGUGAUGCCAGGGAUGAUCAGCCGCAUCCUGUACACAGAUAUGGUGGCCUGCGUUGUACCUUCCGAGUGUGUGAAGCACUGCGGCACUGCGGUCGGCUGCACCAACUAUGCCUACCCCACGCUGGUGCUGGAACUGAUGCCUGAUGGACUGCGAGGCCUGAUGCUGUCGGCCAUGGUGGCUUCUCUCAUGAGCUCCUUGACCUCCAUCUUCAACAGUGCCAGCACUCUCUUCACCAUGGACCUCUACACCAAGAUGAGGAAGAAGGCAUCAGAGAGAGAGCUCAUGAUAGCUGGACGGGUGUUUGGCAUUGUUCUAAUCAUCAUCAGCAUCCUGUGGGUCCCACUGGUACAGACAUCACAAAAUGGACAGCUAUUCCACUAUAUGGCAUCAUUUUCCAGCUACAUCGGGCCUCCAAUUGGUGCUGUCUUUGUGCUUGCCAUCUUCUGCAAAAGGGUCAAUGAACAGGGAGCAUUCUGGGGGCUAAUGGUCGGACUUGUGGUAGGCCUGAUUCGGAUGAUCGCUGAGUUUAUAUAUGGGACAGGCACCUGCUUGGCUCCCAGUAACUGCCCCACGAUCAUCUGCGGAGUGCACUAUACGUACUUUGCCAUCAUCCUGUUUUCCCUGUCGAUAUUCGUAAUCCUGGGAAUCUCCUUCCUAACGAAGCCAAUCCCUGAUGUUCACCUAUACCGCCUGUGCUGGAGUCUCUGGAACAACACAGAAGAACGGAUUGACCUAGAUGCAGAGGAGGAAACUCAAAAAGAAGCUGAUGAUGCUCCUGAUGAAGACACUGCUGAGCAAUCCGGCGGAUAUCUCAAGAGGGCGUGUAGCUUAUUCUGUGGUUUGCAGGAUACAGGGCCCAAGCUGAGCAAAGAAGAGGAAGAAGCCCUGAGGGAAAAGUUCUCAGACACAUCUGAGAAGCCCCUGUGGAGAAACGUAGUGAACAUCAAUGCCAUCCUCCUGCUGGCUGUGGCUGUCUUUGUCCAUGCCUAUUUUGCCUGAACCCUAAGUGAAGCAAAGAACUGAGUUUUCUUUUAUAA